CUCGACUGGACCCGCAUGCCGUCUCCCGCAAUGUCGGCCCACAUGCACCUGGUCCGCAACUUUCCCUGGCAAGACACAGCCAUCGGCAGCAUCCAGUCCUGGCCCGAUGCCCUUCGAUCCGCCGUCCUUUCCGCCAUGGCCAACCCGGACCCGCGCCUGCUGCUUUGGGGAGACGACCACAUCAUGAUCUACAACGAGGCCUGCAUAACCAUGUUCGCUGAACGCCAUCCUCGUGCCCUGGGUUCAAGAGCUGAUGAUACAUGGGCCGACAUUUGGGCUGAAAUGGCCCCACUGAUCAAGUACGUCCACACCGAAGGAAGAGGCACCCGUCUGAACAAACUCCCUCUCGUCAUGCACCGCAAUGGUUACCCCGAGGACACAUACUGGUCUUUCAAUUUAAUCCCAGUCGUCGGUAACCAAGGCUCCACCAUCGGCAUCAUCGAUGAGUUCUCCGAAGUCACCGAGCACGUCGUCGCAGAUCGUCGCCGAGAUGCCAUUGUCAAGAUCAACAGGGCCAUUGCCAAUGUCAAUAGCGUCAAGGAGCUGUGGUUUGAAUUCCUCGAGGGGCUUGAACCUUGCAAAGACGAUAUCCCCUACGCCCUCCUUCACACCAGCCACGCUGCCGCCGAUCCUUCCGUACCCGACACCGACUCCUCCUCUCCCGGUCCCGAAUCUCAGCGCUAUGCUCUCGAGGGCUCUAUCGGUCUCGCUGCUGGUCAUCCUGCUGUGCCCCUGACCUUUGAUCUAGCCGACUGCGCCAACGACCAGAGUCCUCUCGCUCGUGCCUACCACAAAGCUUGGGAGACCGAAGAUGUCGUCAUCUUGCAAGUCAGAGACGGCACUCUGCCACCGCUUCUCAAUCAAGGCGUCCCUGGCCGAGCUUCGGGAGCCAAGGUACAGACCGUUUGUAUAAUUCCUCUGCCCGACAUGUCUGCCCACCGAACAAUGGCUUUCUUGACUUUGGCAAUGACUCCCCGUCGACCAUACGAUUCAGAUGCCGCCAUGUUUGCUUACUAUCUGCGCGACAUUCUGGUCAAAUCCGCCUCGGCUAUUUGCCUUCCCGAAGAGCAACGACGAUCACGUCAAAAGUUCGAGCAAGUCGAAGCCUCUUUGGCCCAGCAACUUCGUGCCACAGCCCUCGAAACCGAACGGCUGGAAAGUCGUUAUGCGAAUAUGGCUCAGCUUGCUCCCGUAGCCAUGUACGCCAUCACUCCAGAUGCUCGCACUACUUUCCACAACAAAGCUUAUUUGGAAAUCACCGGCAUCACCGAAGAGGGCAUCGAGUCGCAGACUGAUCCUUUGCGAUCAGGCUUGGGAUGGGCUGACAGAAUACACGACGAUGAUCAAGCAAGGGUUGGCGAGGCAUGGCUAGCGUUGGCCCAGUAUGGCACACCUCUGAAUCUGGAGUACCGCAUAAAGAAACCCUGGAAAUACAUCGACGAUGCGAGUGGCCUUGACAUGACUGGUGAAACUUGGCUGCAAGGCACAGCAAUAGCUGAGAUUGGUAUCGACGGCUCAGUGGUAGCCGUUCAAGGCUUCGUCACCGAGAUCUCUUUGAAGAAAGCUUCAGAACGCUUGCUCAGCGAGCGACUGGAAGACGCACUCGAACACAAGCGUCAAGCUGAUCGCUUCAUUGACAUGACUUCUCACGAGAUGCGCAAUCCAUUGAGCGCAAUCCUUCAAUCCGCUGACGGUAUCUUGACGAUUCUCGAGAACAACAAUCGCUUGGGUGUUUCAUCUGAGGCAAUGUCAAUGAGCAGUCACGUCCUUGAGACUGUAAUCGAUUCAGCUCAGACAAUCAUUCUUUGUGCACAGCAUCAAGGUCGUAUCGUUGAUGAUAUCCUGACCCUGAGCAAGCUAGAUUCGAAUCUGCUUGUUGUAUCGCCUGAUACUGUCGACAUGCCAGGUUUAAUGGAGAAGUGCUUCAAGAUGCACGAAGCAGAGCUCGUCAGAGCCGGCAUAACCAUUAGUCUGCGCGUCCACGAGGGCUGGCGAAACCUGGCUGUUGGUAAAGUCAUGCUUGACUCUAGUCGCUUAUUGCAGGUCAUCAUCAAUCUUCUCACCAACGCUAUCAAGUUUACGCAAUUUGCUAGUCACAAGGAAAUUAUUGUCCAUCUGGACGCCACUUUGACCCGGCCGAAGGAAGGCAUGCACAAAUGCCCCUAUGUGCCAUUCCGCGCCAACAGACCCGAACAUCACUUUACUGCAGAAUGGGGAACUGGUGAUGAGAUUUUCCUAUCAUUGUCUGUGCAAGACAGUGGAAAGGGCAUGAGCGAUGAAGAGCUCAAACUGCUCUUCAACCGCUUCUCGCAGGCCAGCCCCAAGACUUAUAAGCAAUAUGGAGGUUCCGGGCUCGGUCUAUUCAUCUCGAGAGAGCUCACAGAUCUCCAAGACGGCCAAAUUGGCGUGCAUAGUGAGCCUGAGAAGGGCAGCACUUUCAGCUUCUAUAUCAAGGCCAGACGGGCAGUCGAAGAUGACGAAGAUCUUGGAGAAGGGACAUUGACGACUCCGACGCUCAAUACGCCCGUCACCUAUACUCGCGACCCUGCUUCCAAUUCCCUUGAGGUAAGACUGGAUGGUUCUUCACACGAAACGACUCACACCGCUAUUCGCAAGUUGUCCGCUGUGUCCACCGACUACACCGAAGAGAAGCCGCACCUACAUGUCCUGGUAGUGGAGGAUAAUGUAAUCAAUCAACGAGUCAUGUCCCAACAGCUCCGCCGUUUGGGCUGUACAGUCCACCUCGCAAACCACGGUCUCGAAGCUCUAGAGUUUCUUCGCAAAACCUCAUUCUGGGCUGAUCGACCCCCGCCAACACGCGACCACGAAGAAGCACCCAGUCCAAAGACACGACCGCAUUCAGAUGUCAUUCCUUUAUCUGUCGUCCUCAUGGACUUGGAAAUGCCUGUCCUAGGUGGUCUGGAGACAGUAAAGAGAAUUAGAAGUCUACAGAGCGAAGGUGCCAUCUUUGGUCAUGUCCCUGUUAUUGCCGUUACGGCGAAUGCAAGGGGUGAACAAAUUGCUGUAGCUAUCGAUCACGGUAUGGAUAGUGUGAUUACGAAACCAUUCAGAAUUCCUGAAUUGGUGCCGCAGAUGGAGGGUUUGGUGAACAGAGUACGGCAAGCCAAUUUUGGCAGGAAGUCUAUAGCGAGGGUUUGA